AUGAAUCCAGGACCGGUCCAGGGCAGAAACCCAGAAGAAUCCGACCAUUUCCGCGGCGGCAUGGGCGAUGGUGUGGAUGAUAACACCCUUUCAAUCUCCGACAUCCUCCCACAAACCCGCAAGAUCAACAUCUUUGCAUCUUUAACCCGUGACAUUUCGACUGUGACGGACCGUUUGGAAUCUACCAAGCCAGAAGAUAAUACCACUUUACUGUCGCCACUGAACAGCGCCAUGCAAGCGCUUCCCCGCAAACCCUGGGAGGAUAGACCGGGCGAUGAUACAGGAGUUAGUGCGGAAAGAGAUGAGGACAAGGCGGCGCGAAACCUGCAGCGGUUUGUAGAAGAGCACGUGGUGCCAACCAGCCCGUGGAGAGAAGGCAAAACCGAAAAAAUCAAGACACUAGGUGGGCAAGAACUGUGGUGGGAGGAGAUUGAUGGGGAGAAAAUCAUCAAGCCAGGAGAUCUGAUCGUUGACGGUGUGGUUGGCCGGGUAGGUAAUGGAGAAAUUUGGGCUGUCCGAGGGGUCGUGAACUAUGUAUGA